UUCCUUUAAGAAUCGGCCUACGUGGCACAGCCCAGGCAAGGCGAGCGCAAAAAGCGGGCGCCGCCACUUCCUCGGGCAAGCGCGGCGGGGGCGGCAGCAGCAGGAGGAGAAGCAGCUCUGCCAGAAGCCGGGGGGGCGGCUGUGCCUGCCUACAAAUCGGCUUUCCCAGCAGAUUCCCCCCCCCCCGCCACACACACAAGAAAAAUAAUCAUAAUACCCCCCACCCAGCCAUGGGGAACAACGACCUGAUGGGCAGCGCAGAAGAUUUUGCAGACCAGUUCCUGCGGGUGACGAAGCAGUACCUUCCCCACGUGGCCCGGCUGUGUCUGAUCAGCACCUUCCUGGAAGACGGGAUUCGCAUGUGGUUCCAGUGGAGCGAGCAGAGAGAUUACAUCGACACCACCUGGAACUGCGGCUAUCUCCUGGCGUCCAUCUUUGUCUUCAUCAACCUCUUUGGGCAAUUAAGUGGUUGCAUUCUUGUGCUGAGCAGGAAUUUUGUUCAGUACGCCUGCUUCGGAUUAUUUGGAAUUAUUGCAUUACAGACAAUUGCAUAUAGCAUUUUGUGGGACUUGAAGUUUCUGAUGAGAAAUCUUGCCCUAGGAGGGGGUUUACUACUGCUGUUGGCGGAGUCUCGGUCGGAAGGGAAAAGCAUGUUUGCGGGGGUCCCCACCAUGCGGGAAAGCUCCCCGAAGCAAUACAUGCAGCUGGGAGGACGCGUGCUUCUAGUCCUCAUGUUUAUGACCCUCCUGCAUUUAGACGUUAGUUUCUUUUCGAUCCUGCAGAACCUGGUGGGCACGGCGUUGAUCAUCCUGGUGGCCAUCGGGUUCAAAACCAAGCUGGCGGCCUUGACUUUGGUCAUCUGGCUCUUUGCCAUCAACUUGUAUUUCAACGCUUUCUGGACAGUUCCAACCUACAAGCCCAUGCACGAUUUCCUGAAAUACGACUUCUUCCAAACUAUGUCGGUCAUCGGGGGCCUCCUCCUCGUGGUGGCCCUGGGCCCCGGCGGCGUCUCCAUGGACGAGAAGAAGAAGGAAUGGUAGAGAAGAAUGGAGGAAGAGGAGGAGGAGGAGGAAAAGCAACACAGCAUCUCAGCAUCUGGGAACUGACUCACAGUUUUGGGAAUUGAAAACCCAACAAAACUGGUGUAUUUUUUUUUUUACAAAGGUGCCUCCUUUUCUCUCCUUUUUUUUUAAAAAAAGGCACAAUCUCUUUGGUUUUUUUCUUUUUUAAAGUUGUUUUAGUUCACGACUGCUCUGAUAAUCCGACUCCCGUUGCCGGAUGUUUCUUCGUUCAAGAACAUUUUGAGGAGGGUUUUUUUCUCUCUCUCUCUCUCUCUCACACGGUUUUUCUCUCCUAUAAUCUCCUGCAAAAUUGGAAGAAGCAGCUGGCUAGGCUGAGUCUCUGCCACAGUUGAAUUUCUUUUUGACAACUUUUUUUGGGGGUUUAAAUUUAAAGCUACUGUGAUCCGAUAAACCUUGCUGUGUACUUUUCAGUGUGACGGGUGUGUUCCAUUUUAACCUUUUUUGGUUUUCGGUUGAUGCUCAAAGUUGUAAUUAAAAUGGUGUCGCAUCCCA